UUUGAAUUCUCUUUGCUUUGCUAGCUGAUGUAAAAUUAAAUAUGGCGGAGUAUUUAUGGUUACAAAUGAAGCUAAAUAGAAUUGUAUUCUGUGAAUAAGAAUAAGAAAAAAUGCCACAUUAAAUGUUAUUAGUAUUUUAAGAUUUUAAAUAAAAGUUCGUUUUGUGAUUUUGAUUUUAGAAACUCGUUUUCAGUAAAAUCGUCAAAAUGAUGUUAACAAUGCAUGGAUUACCAAAUAAAAUUAAAUACAACGAGAUUAAAAUUCUGAUAAAAGAAAAGUGUAAUCUAACCGAUUUUAUACUUGGCAAUUUGGGUGUUGAUGAAGAUAGAACUAAAAAUGUAAGAAUUGGAGUACCCUCUGAAGUGGAAGGUGACAUUCUUAUUAAAUGUUUAGAUGGAUGUCGCUAUUCCGGACAAGUGUUAAGAAUAGUUCCCAUUGGAAAAGUCCCAUCUAAUGAAACACCAAAAGUUAAAGUAUCAAAUGACAACACCUACCAGUGGAAUAACCAGCAGCCAGAUAUGAAUUAUGUCAAUCCAAUGAAUCCUGCCCAACAAGGUGGUUGGCCAGUACAGGCCAACCAACAAUGGUCAAAUACCCAACCAAUACCACAGCAAAUUCUAGUGCAAAAUAAUUAUGAAUAUGUUCAACCAGUAGUUGCGCAACAGAACUUCUAUCAGGAAAGAUUUCCCCAAAAUAGGGGACCGCAAGAAAUUUUUUCGCAUAAUGUGCCUUCUAAUUUGAUUGAGCCUCCAAGAGGUAAUCAACCCAGACCACAUGCACCAGUUAACAUAACUGACCAACAACAAAACAGACAGCCAACACAAGGAGGGAGAUAUCCGAAUCAGGGUUUCAAUCCUGAAAAACCGCAGACUAUGUCGAAGCAGGGUUUCCAAGGACCAUCGCACAUGGGCUCUCGACCCACUCAACCUGGACAAGAAGAAUUCCAUGGCCAACAAUGGUCUUCACAUGGAUCACAAGAAACUUCCCGAUUUCAGAAACAAAAUCCACCACAAUUUGAGAAAACCUCUAACAAAAUCAUGCAUCCAGAUAAAAGACAA